UUUUCGGUCUUGCGUCACUCCGAAGCGCCGAGGCGCGUUCCAAGGGCGGGUGAUUUCAAACAGCCGGAAGGGAGUUUGGAGUUCCUGACUGGCGUGCCUGACCCUUGACUUUCUGGUUUUCCUUGUUUAUCCCUGACCGCUGUCGGCCGCUGCGUGCGGGGCUUCGGUGCCGGGGAGGACGACGACGAGGAGAGAAUGACGGCUGCUGUGGUGCCAGCGGCCCGGGUGUUGAAACGCAAGGCUCCCCGCGGUUUCCUGAAGAACUUCAUCAAGCGACAGAAGCCUCAAUUGCUCCUCAAGUCUGGCGUCGACCUGUGGGUACACUUGAACUGUUUACUCUUUCUUCAUCGAUUAGCAGAAGAGACCAGGAUGCAAGCUUUUCAAGACAAGAGUAGGAUAAUUAAGGAUAAACAUAUACUUGCUGCAGCAAAGGUGGUUUUAAAGAAGAGUAGAGGUUAGAACCUAAAGACUGCUAUUUGAAGCUGUAUAAUAUAUUUUCUCAUUAAAUGUUUAUAAAGAACUGUGCUUUUUAACAACACUUUGAAAUAUGGAACAUUGUAUAAGUUGGGCAAACUUUUGUACUGCUAGUUUUGAAUUUGUAUCCUAGGAAUAUUCAUUUAUUCAUCUACAAAUGUUUAUUAAUCACUUCUACAGAGUUUUUUCUUAGUGAAAGUACAAAGAUAAACAGAACAUAGCUGUUUUCAUAAUUGGCACAAAAGCUCAGUGUAUUUGUGGUCUUGCUUGUGGUAAUGACAACCACACAGAUAUGCAAAUAAAAAUAUUAUAAAGACUAGUCAGGACUUUUAUGAAGGCUCAUGUUUUCCUAAAGGUGACCAAUGUUAGUUUUUAAAUGUUCAAAUUUAUCUUAACAUUGUCAUUGCUAAGUUUUAUGUUUUUUCUAUAAAGAUAAAAAUGAUUGCUUACUAUAUUAAAUAACUUGAAGAAAUGGUUUUAUGAUAA